UAGGAAGCCCUGGGAGGAACAUUUCAGUAGGGAUUUCAGGUGGAGGAGGAAGCAGGUUCCUAAUACUGGAUAUCAGGAAGAAGUGAAAGUCCAGGUGAGAAGCGUUCAGACCCUUGGAUGAUGUGGCUGUACGUUAUACUUCUGGUUUUGCCGGGCCUGCUGAGCGCACAGAACGACUGUUUUCAUGGCGCGUGCUACCCUGCAGUGGGAGACCUUCUUAUUGGAAGAACAAACUAUUUGAAAGUCUCAUCUACUUGUGGGCUUGUGAAACCAGAGACCUACUGCACCCCAUAUGGAGAGACACAACUGAAAUGCUGUCGCUGUGAUUCUCGGGAGCCUUUUACAGAGAUUAGCCACCGGAUCGUUAAUGUGCUAUCUCCCAUUGGGCAGCAGCGUUGGUGGCAGUCUGAGAAUGGGGUUGAUCAUGUUACUCUUCAGUUUGAUCUGGACAGGAGGUUUCAGCUCAGUGACAUUACUCUGGAUUUUAGGAGCCCUAAGCCUGCUGGCAUGUCGAUGGAGCGUUCUUCUGACUAUGGGAGGACAUGGCAGGUGUAUCAGUACUUGGCUUAUGACUGCGCUGCCACUUUUCCGCAUAUCAGCCGUGGCCGUCCCCACAAUCUAGAAGAUGUACGGUGUCAGGAGCUUCAAGGACACCCCACACAGGGGGGGCAGGUACGAUUCAGUCCAAUGGAACUAGCUCCUUCAGUGCCUGCAUCUCAGCGAACAUAUCGCCUUGGAGAGUUUACCAAUGUUAGAGUUAAUUUUACGCAGCUCGUACGUCUUCCCGCCCGGAGGUAUCGACAGCCCAACGCGUUCUAUGCUGUAAAUGAAAUGCGUGUUCGUGGCACCUGCCUCUGUUAUGGCCACGCAAACCAAUGUGUACCGAGUGGUAUUCAAGGCCGAGAUCCAUAUGGUGACAUUCAGGUACAUGAUACAUGUGUUUGCCAGCACAAUACUGUUGGCUCAAACUGUGAGCGCUGUGCUGACCUGUACAAUGACCUGCCCUGGAGGCCAGCAGAAGAAAACAACCCAAAUGAGUGCAAAAAAUGUGACUGCAACAAUCACUCGGACAAGUGCCGCUUUGACCCAGCUGUAUAUGAAGCCAGCGGUAGAGUGAGUGGUGGUGUCUGUGAAGAUUGUCGAGAUGGAACCACCGGAAGAAACUGCGAGAGAUGCAAAUCUGACUAUUACCGCAAUCCCAACAGAGACAUGAAUCACAGGGAUGCCUGCAUCUCAUGCGACUGUGACCCUGAAGGCAGUGUCGAAGGUGGUAGUUGUGAUUCUAUGACUGGACGCUGCAAUUGUAAGGAAAAUGUUGGAGGUGAAAGGUGUGACCAGUGCAAGCCUGGAUAUUACCAGUUUAGUGCCUCCAACCCACAGGGCUGUACAAGAUGUGUCUGUAACCCCCAAGGAACCCAAGGUAACCAUCAGUGUGACAGUGAAACAGGACAAUGUCAAUGUCUCCCCGGUGUCAGUGGCCUGCAAUGUGACCAAUGUGCCUCCAACCAUUGGAACUUUGUCAGUGGAAAGGGAUGCCAGCUUUGUGGCUGCCACCCCAGGAACUCUUACAGUCUCCAGUGUAACCAGGUCACAGGGCAGUGUCUUUGCAGAGAAGGGUUUGGAGGCAGACUGUGUACAGAAUGCCCAGAUAGGACUUAUGGAACCUUGCAAACAGGAUGCCGAGCCUGCAACUGUGACCCUCAAGGGACCAUAGACAUUGGAUGUGAUAAAGCAACUGGCAGAUGUCUGUGUCGUCCAGGAUUUGUGGGAGCUCGUUGUGACUCAUGUGAACGUGGGUACAGUGAUACCUUCCCCAACUGCAUAGCCUGCCAUUCCUGCUUCCAAUUUUAUGACCAUGAGUUCAAAGCUCUGGGCUCCCACCUGCAAACAUUACGCAACACCAGUGCUGCGGAGGGAGGAGAGUGGGACUUGGAUCUUGGACCUCAGAUGGCAGGGGUGGAAUCUGAACUUCAACGCAUCAGUGGUAUUUUUACUGGAUCUGGUAUAUUGGACAGUGAGCUCUCACGUAUGGAUAACCAGCUGAAAAGAAUAAGAGGAGAAGCACAGCAGCUGAACCCCGACUUGCCACCAGCAGAGGACAUUGAUUCUUUAACCACAGACUUGAAUUCCCUGAGAUUGGAAUUUAAUAAUAUCAAUGUACUUUACCAGAACAAGAAAACGCAACAAGGAAGCAGUACUAGUGUGGAUUCCUCAGGUUUACUGAGGGCUGUAAGCACAGCCUAUCAGUCAUCACUGGAAUCAGCAGAGAGGGUGGCAGCAGCAGAAGUGAUUGUUUCCCAGUCCAGAGAGAGUAGGAGGACAGCUCAGAACCUAGAAGGGAAGAUACGAGAUGAACACUCUGAUCUGGAGACAAUGAAGGAAGAGUUGUCCUACCCAAACCUGACCCCUACCAUCAACAGGAUCUGUGAAGGUGUGAGAACCGAAUCUUGCACACCAGAGAACUGUCCGGGUACCUUGUGUCAAAGAAACAAUGAAACCUUGUGCAAGGUGGGCUCCCUCUGCAGAGGAGCGUUCCCCUUGUCCAUGAAUGCAUUGAAGAACACUGAGAAAACUGCUCGGGAUCUGCAGGAGCUGAACAACCAGUUACAAAAGAACACUCAAAUGAUAAAUCAAGCAGAGAAGACAGCCAAUCAGAUCCAAGAUAGCGCUCAGCACCUAACAGAGCAGGUCACCAGGGCCAGAACACGCAUGGAGGAGGACAUGGGACGUACCCGCCAAUUCAUACAGCAAGUCAGGGACUUUUUAACAGAACCCACGACUGAUCCAGCCACUAUCCAGGAGGUCAGUGAAUAUGUCUUGUCACUCACGUUACCUGCCGACUCUGCCACUAUCCUGAGGAAGAUGAAUGAGAUUCGCAGCAUAGCAAGCAAACUGCCCAACAUAGAUUCGGUAUUAUCGCAGACCAAGGAUGAUAUAGCAAAGGCUAAGAAAUUGCAAAGCGAAGCAGAGCUUGCCAGGAACAAGGCCAUGGAUGUCGAAGGUAAUGUUGAUGGAGUUAUUAUGAAUCUAAGGAAUGCAAAGACAGCCCUUCUGGAAGCUGAAGAUAAGAUUCGUGGGACCGGUACUUCUUUAAUGCAGAUCCAGGACCGCAUGGAAGAGAUCCAGGACGUUCUUGGCCCAGCAGAGAGAGGGUUGACGGGCACGCAUGACCAGUUACAGGGCUUCUCAUUGCAAAUAGAGAACCUGCGUCAGAAAACUACAGAGAGCCUGCAGAAGGCAGGCAAAGCACAACAAGCAGCUUUGAGCGCUCAUGGGAAGGCUGAGAAUGCACAAGAGGGUUUGGCGUUAGUAAAAGACAAAUAUGCCCUUCUAAAGAGUCGCAUGGGUCAGAAUCCCAACCUGGGAGCUCAAGGAGAAAAGGUUGCAAGUAUCCAGGCAGAAGCAGACAGUCUUUUUAAAGAAUCCGUGGAAAUGAUGAACAGAAUGGCUGAAAUUGAGAGUGAGCUGCAAGAGGGCAGACAAUCUCUGAUUAUGAAAUUCACACAGCUGGGUGGCUUGGAAGAAGAAGUCAGGAACAUCCGUGAUUACAUCAGCGAAAAGGCACAUUACUACGCAAACUGCAAAUAAGGGAGUCAGGGGACCGUCAUCUCUCGGAUGGAUUUCAGCAUGUGCCUCGCGUUUAACUUGACUGUGUAUAUCUCCAUUGUCCACCUCUUCUAGAGUCUGCUUAAAAUGCAUGAGUGACCCACAAUAAUAUUGCAACCGCUCGUCAUAUGAGAUUUAUAAAGAUUCAAAAUCAACUCAGAUGUAUCUCUGGAUUCAGAAACAUUUAGUAUGCAUGUAAUGUUAAGACUGGUGUUAUUUGGUUCCAUAGGUCAAUGGCAUCCAUCCUUGUGUUUUAGGUCAUGAAACUGACUCAGUCACUGGUUGUAAGCUAAACUAUAUAUUGUACAAUGUAAGGAAAGAUCGAGAUUGUUUUCAUUUUUUCCCUAGUGAUGACAACACCAUAUGAAGUAC